GUGCGGCUUUGAAUCUACGGAUACUGUUCUACAUGUACCUCUAUGGCAGAAUGUUCAGCGGUUACGAUGGUGAUUUAAAGAGCACAUUUUUAUUUCCCCGUGAUCAGUGUGAACGUUCAUGGUCCUGUGUAGAAGUUUGAUUUUUAACUCAAAGGAGAGAGCGACUCACUGAAAAACUGUGAUGUUAUUUGUUUUAGAGUCAAAGAAAAAUAACAAAAGAACUAAACAUGACUGAAAUAAUCACGUUUGGCGCCGUGGGGACGUGGUUUACACAGGAAAAUAAAACAAACUCAAUGUUCAGAUCCAGAGCUGCAUUUUACAACGUUAAUUCCAAGUUUUGCACCAAAACACGGGACUCGUGUCUCUGUGCGAUGCUCAUGUCUCUCAUGUCUCUCAUGUCUCCAUGCGAUACUUGUGUCUCUCAUGUCUCUGUGCAUGUCUCUUUGCGAUGCUCCGAGCGACUUUGCGGCUCCUGCGUGCGCGUGCCCGUCGACAUUGACGGGAGCGCGCACGCAGCUGUCAGUAGGAAAUGCGGGCGGCUGGAGGUGGACGCGCUCUGCCGCUGAGCUCCGACCCAGAAACCGCCCCGAAAAACAGCCCGAGAACAGCCCGAACACCGUCCGAACACAGCCCUCCGCCCCGGGCCGCGCUGUCCCCGAGGCUCCGGUGCUUCGGCUGCGGUCGCCCGGACUCCACAGGAGGCGGGAGUUUGUCGUUUUCACCGCGGCUAACGUCAACAGAGCUAAUGCUAACGGGCUAAAUUAGCUCCGCGCGCUAACCGCCGCUAGCCGAGCUCCGGACGCGCGCUUCCCCCGGCGCGGCGCUCCCCUCCCCGGCCUCCGCGCUGACAUUUCCCGCGGGAGGUCACGGAGCGGAGGGAGCUGUGGCGGGGCCCAGGGGCGAAGAGGAACCGCUGCCCGGGCUCUGUAGGCCGGACGGACCGCGCUGACAGCCCCGCCGCGCCGCCGGAGUGACGGAGCCAUGGCCGAGCUCUCCGCCAUGCCCUCGUCUCCUCCUCCUCUGUCCGAGCCUCUGCUUCCCAAAUCGGACAAACAAAUGGACUCGACUCCCCCCAUCCCCAAGUCCUCGCUCUACGCCCACAAAACCGCCGCGUCCACGCCCCCGGACCCCGCCCCCUCCGCCGCGCCGGCCGCCUCGGUGCGUGACGCCGCUCCGCCCGGGCCGGAAACUGGAAGCAACGUCGCGCCGUCGACGUCUCCGGCGGAAAACCAGCUCCGACAAACUGAAAACCACGUGCGCAAAGAGGCGGGCGCGUCACAACCUCCCUGUCCGUCUCCGGAAGGCGCCACGACGCUCUACCCCUGUGUCCGGGUCACGCAGAGCUCCGAACACGCCGGCGUUCCCAACGACACGCCGCAGAUCGCUCCACUGUCGGAUUCCGUCUGUGCGAAAGUGGAGAAAGAGGAUGUAAACGCAACUCCCCCUCCUCAAAGCGUUCAGGAAGUCACGGCUCCAACGGAAACCGGGAAUCCUCAGCUCUCGCCGCUCCAACCUCACGGAGAAACUGGGAAUCCUCAGCUCAAACCUGAUGGAGAAACUGGGAAUCCUCCACUCAACCUUGGUGGAGAAACUGGAAAUCCUGGGCUCAACUCUGAAGGAGAAACUGGGAAUCCUCCGCUCUCUCCGCUCAAACCCGUCGGAGAACCAGAGACCGAGCCCGAGCGAAGUCCCGGUGUCCCCGUCAUAAACGAACCGGAGGAGGCGAUGUCGUCCGGCUCACCCGUCCCGCCCCCGCCGCACCCCGUCGUGCCCCGCCCCCCCGCCCCGGACACCCUCAGCUACCUGGAGUCGGCGAGUCUGAUGUCGGGCACCAUGGAGUCCCUGAGCGGCCUGGGCGAGGACGGCAGCUCCGUGGGCUCAGACUCCGAGAUCAACGGGCUCGCCGUCCGACGCACCGACAAGUACGGCUUCCUGGGCGGGAGUCAGUACAGCGAGAGCGGGGAGAAGGAGGUGCGUGUGGAGGUUUCUCGUCAGAGGGAGAUGAAGUGGCUCGACAUGUUUAACCACUGGGACAAAUGGGUCAAACAUCGGUUCCAGAAGGUGAAGAUGCGCUGCAGGAAGGGCAUCCCCUCGUCCCUCAGAGCCAAGGCCUGGCAGCUCCUCUCCAACAGCCAAGAACUCCUCCAGGACAACCCCGGCAAGUUCCAGGAGCUGGAGCGGGAGCAGGGGGAGGCCAAGUGGUUGGACAUCAUCGAGAAAGAUCUGCACCGACAGUUUCCCUUCCACGAAAUGUUCGCCGCUCGAGGAGGACACGGGCAGCAGGACCUGUUCCGGAUCCUGAAGGCCUACACGGUUUACAAACCAGACGAGGGAUACUGCCAGGCCCAGGCUCCUGUGGCCGCCGUGCUGCUCAUGCACAUGCCCGCUGAGCAAGCGUUCUGGUGCCUGGUGCAGAUCUGUGAGAAAUAUCUCCCCGGAUACUACAGCGCCGGCCUGGAGGCGAUCCAGCUGGAUGGGGAGAUCUUCUUCUCUCUGCUGCGGCGCACCUGUCCCAUGGCCUACAGACACCUGAAGAAGUUCAAGAUCGACCCCAUCCUCUACAUGACCGAGUGGUUCAUGUGCAUCUUCUCCAGGACGCUGCCCUGGUCCUCUGUGCUCCGAGUCUGGGACAUGUUCUUCUGUGAGGGAGUAAAGAUCGUUUUCCGCGUGGGCCUGGUUCUUCUCAAGCAGAUGUUGGGUUCUGUAGAUAAACUGCGAGAGCUUCAGGGGAUGUACGAGACCAUGGAACGUCUGAGGAACAUCUCCCCAGACCUGAUCCGCGAGGACAUGCUGGUGCAGGAGAUCGUGACUCUUCCCGUCACUGAGGCUUUGAUCGAGCGCGAGUGCAGCGUCCAGGUGAGAAAAUGGCGGGAGUCUCGCGGCGAGCUGACGCACGAGCCCGGACGCCGCCUCCACGGGACCCGCCACAUCUACGAGCACAAACGCCGCGCCGUCGCGCUGGCCUCGGGGGGGUCCUACUCCUUUUUAGGCAGCCCGAUCCCGCCCCCCGGCCCCCUGCGCGCCUCGUCCAGCCUCCUGUCGCUGCCCGGCUUCAGGAGGUCCAAGACGCCGUUCAGCGCGCAGCCCAAAAAAGCCUCCUUCUCUGGGCCGUCUCGCUCGGAAUCGCCGCCUCAGUCUCCUCCGGCGUCCGGCCAGACCUUCGCCAAACCGCCGCUCCCCCCUCCCAAGCCCGGCACACACGUCCAGAGCCCGCUGGCCACGACCGAGACGAAAACGGAACCCGGCAAAGCGCAAAACACGCUGCACGCCGCCAACACGCUGACGCCCUCGCCCAAAAUCGUGUCGGAGCAGAUCACGCCAAAAAUCCCCUCCCCCACGGCGAACAACGCGCCUCUGCCGCCGUGUCCCGCGGAGACGCCGGCCACGCCCAAACCCGAGGAGGCGGCGGCGACGGAGGAGGGCGGGAAGAAGGGCGGGAAGAAGACGAAGGAGGACAAGAGGAGGGAGAAGGAGGACGAGAGGAAGAGGGCGAAGGAGAAGAGGGAGAAGGAGAAGGCAGAGAAGGAGCGGUUGAAAAAGGAGAAGGAGAGACAGGAGCGAGAGAGGAAGAGGAGCGCGAAGAAGAAGCAGCACGGCGGCGCCAGCGGAGGAACGGAGGAGGUGGGCGGAGCUACGGCGGCGAAAGACGGCGUCUAGAGUUAUUUAAAAAGGACGCACUGCUCAACAAGGAAGACAUGACUUCAGUUUGGAAUCAGAGUUACAGUUUUUGACUAAUUUCUACUUAGUUUCAGCUUUCUGAAGACUUAUUUCCUGCUCUGCUAACGGCGUAAACAAAUGCACAAUUUACAUAUUUCAAGCAAAAGUUUAGAAACCUCUUAGAACAAACUGCAGCGCUCGUAAACGCAGUUCGAGUUUAGUCAGAAAUACGAAAAAAAUCGAAAUUCUUGUUCUGAAUUUAAGUCGUGUUUGAGCUUUUGUUUUGCAGAAAAGACGUGGCCACUUCACUGAGCAGAACUGGACGAGAGGACGAGCAGAUUCCAAAAGAUUAAAGACGCAAAAAUGUUAAAUUUAAUCUCAGUUUGACUCAGUUGUCGAAAUAAAAACUCAUUAACGAGGGGGUAUCGCGCAAAAUCGUUUCUGUUUUCGCUUUCUCCCGUGUUCUAACGUCGUUCCCUCGUCACAAACCUGCCUGGAGAGGUUUUAGAGUCGUCCAUGCGUGUUUGAGUCAUCUAGGGAUCUCUCCCGGGGUCUGUUCUGUUCGAGGCUCCGCCCACAAGCCCACGUCACCCAGGCUCCCACCACAACUCUAUAAAUGCACAAAAACGUGACGCAAAACUGCGAUGACGACUUGACGAAUCUGAUGUGACGCGCAGGAGUUUCUGAAAGUGUUGUGUUCUUGUAGCGCUCUGAAGGGGGAGCGAGUUAGCAGAGGGAGCAAAGGCAGGGUAGAAACUUAUAAAACAUAUUAAUAAUUUGUUUUGGGUGAAUAUAGUCUUUUCAGAACAAUAAAAGCAACACAAUGAUCUAAAUAUGUGACGUGUUAAGCUGCGUUCAGACCGCGGCGUCAAAAACUCGCUGGUUUGAGUCAUCUAGGGAUCUCUCCCGGGGUCUGUUCUGUACGAGGCUCCGCCCACAAUCCUACGUCACCCAGGCUCCCUCACGACAACUCUAUAAAUGCACAAAAAACACGACCUGGACGCUUUGACUCUUCCUUCUGAACGCAGCUUCACCGUUAAUACCCCAGAGAAGUAUAAUACUCCCUACAGACCUGUCCGGUUCUGCUCAGUUCGGUCUCUGCGUUGUUGCGUUUUUAGAAUCUUCCUUAAUCUAAAACUGGAUGUGGGUUAAAGCGCCUGGAUCCUCGUUCGGACUGUCGAAAACACAGCCGCCAUUUUAGGAUUUUGUUUUUGGUUUUUUUGUUGUUUUCUUUUUUUGUUUUUGUUUUUUCUUUUUGUAAUUGUGUUUUUAUUAUUUUAUUGAAUUCUGUGGUCAAAGACAUUGUCAGAAACGUGCCACAGCGUUGCUCUGUAAAUAAUUAACUGCAUUAAUAUAGGAGACGAAAACGCCGCAGAAACACGCCCCCGCUCAAACGGCCGCCGCUCACAGACCGCCGCCGCUCACAGACACG